UAUACAAAAUUGUCGUUAUUAAAUUUAACAAAUAAUUUCGUAAGUUUUCUAUUUUUUGUUUCCACGCAAAGAUCAAAACUUCGGCAGGUACCGAUCUCGCCCGAACGAAGUUAUCGUCGAUAAAUUGUGUUUAGAAAAUAUUAUUUCGGGCAGUAAUUUAUUACAGUUUGGCCCUAAUUUAACUUGUAAACUUUUAAAAACUUUUUAAGCUGUUUUAUUCAUUCGUUUUGGGCUUAAUUUAGUGUUUUUUUUCGUGUUUUUGGGAGAGUGUACAUUUUUAAAAGUUGUAUGCGCUGCAUUUCCCUUUUUUGUAUGUUGUUGAAAAGGCGACCGAGUUUCGUCGGGUUUUGUGUUGUAAUUUUUAUUAUAAUUUCUUUAUAAAACGGUUCGCGAGUAUUAUUAAAUUUGUGUCAAAUUAAAGAUGAAAGAUUUAGAGAUAAGUAAGGCAUUAAAAACGGACAUCGAAACGAACCAAAAUCAAUUAAAAAAUGCGAUUUGUAACCACCAGAUAAUCGUCAAAAAACUUAAAGAUGAUCCAGAAAAUGUCGAUGUACAAAAAGAAUUAAACAAAGCAGAGGAAAAUAUUGUUUUUAUUGGCCUGGAACAGAAAACUUUAUUAGAAAGACUGAGAGAAGAAUACAAAACUCAUCAAAAAUCCCUGAAAACUUCUGUGGUAAAAAAUGGAAUUGAAGAACGUAGGAAUAAUCUGAGCAAUGCCUUAAAUAGAGCUCGGAAGCAAAAUAUUACUAUAACUCGUUCAGCAUCAGCCACUUCAGUUUCUGAUGACUCGAAUGAUCAUUUCACUAUAGACUUGUCCCCUGAAAAAGUUUUGCCUUUAAAUCCGCAAGAUGUCACUCAGGCAGAGUUUCUCAAUUAUUUUAUGCUUUCCACUCAUGAGGUUUACAAGGAGAUGCAAAAUAAGAGGGCUGAACGGAAGAGGAGGAGCACUGCCAAUCCACACUUCUUGUAUGGCAGUCGAGGAUGGGAUUUCUUGUCAAAUAAUAAACGCAAAAGAAACGCAUACCUGGUAUCGGCGGUUUCCCCCCCUCACACGAGACAAUCCUCCAAAAAAAGAAACGAGAAAACCUCUCCGCCGAGCUCCUCCGCCAAGCAAAACAACGCGAGGGAGAAGGAGAAGCAGCAGCAGCUACCGCUUCCGCUUCCGCCGCACCUCGCGCCCAAACCGGAACCGGAACCCGUUCCGGACGGCGACGCCGAAGCGAAGCCCGUUUUCGCGCCGUUCCCUGCCAUCCCGAACCUGCCCAGCGGGCUCAUCAUCGAGCGCGUGAGCCCGAGCAGCUCGUCUCCCGAGUACAAGACUUGCGUCAAGUGCAAACAGCCUGGUGCUUUAAAAGUGUGCGAGGUGUGCUCGUGCAGCUUUCACGUGAGCUGCCACAACCGGCCGCUCACCCAAGCGCCGCGUCAGUGUCCGAAAUGCAUCGACAGUGGCGCCCUCGUCGGCUUAAAAAGCGAAACUCGCACGGUGGGCUCGCUAAACGUCCCAAGCGGCAUGACGGUGUCGUGCAUAAGCCCUAGCGAAGUCACAGAAAAAGUUGACCUAAGAAACGAAUUAGUAGCAAAAAACGAUUCGCUAAACGCGGAGUUAACCCUACUGCAAGAUAAACACUCACAAUUAACAAUUUCCCUAAAAUCGCAAAAAUCACACCAAGAGGAACUUUUGACAAAUCAAAAGACAACAGAAGAAAAAAUUCAGCAGAUUUUUAGUUUUAUUAAUGCUAUCAAGAAACCCGCAGAACCCGCAAAACCUACAGUACCCGCAGAAAAAAAUGAAUGAAUAAUGUAUUUAUUUUUAGUUGGUUUUUAUUGACAUUUUAUUUUUGUAAGUGUAUUUUAACAUUAUUGUUAAGACUGAUAUGUUACAAGUUAAUUUUUAUAAUAAACCAUGAAAAUCAUCAAAGACUUUUAUUUUAAACCCUAAACAAAAAGCGCAAUUUUAUUUUUUCUCAGUUUACUUCAAAA